AUGCUACUACAAGACAAAGCGAAAGCAGGCGAGAGGGAGGGUGAGGCAGAGGACGAGGGCGAUGCGGGUGCAGGGGAGGACGAUGCGGAGGAGGGGAGCGACGCGGGCGACACGGAGGGCGGGUGGAGGUGUGCGGCGUGGAGGCAGGCGGCGCAAGCGGAGCAGGCGGGCGGAGAGCAGUGUGGAGGCGGGCGAUGCACACAGGCACAGGAGGGUGUUCGGGCGAAUGUGGGCAGCGGAGGGGCGGGCGACGCACGCGACGUGGAUGCGGGCCGCGCGAAACCGGGUGUGUGGGCGGACAAGGUCGGGCGGGCGGAGGAGGGUAGCGCGGAGACUGGCACGGGCAUGCGGGCGGAGGCAGGUAGCGUGAAGGUGGGUGAUGCAGGCGGGGGGCAGCGUGAAGGGAGGUGGGUGAUGCAGGCGGGGGGCAGCGUGAAGGGAGAGGGCCAGCAGGAGGAGGCUGAGGGCCUGGACGAGGCGGAGGAGGAGGUGGAUCCUCUGGAGGUGUGGAUGCAGCCGGCAGGGUGGGCGGAGGACAACAUGGAGGUCGAGGUCGAAAGAGGAGGGGGAGGGGAGUUGAACGAUGUCACCAGGAGGCUGAAGGCGGCGAGGAUGGCGGAAAGGAAAGACGUGGGCGAUACAGACGAGGGUGAUGAUGUGGAUGAGGGAGACACGGAGAGCAGGGACGCGGCGGAGGAGGCGGGGGGCAGGGACGCAGCGGAAGCGGGGAAAGUCAACGCGGCCAGAGGGCGACGCGAUGCGGAGCUUGGCGGCGAGGCGGAGGAUGAGGGCGACACGGAGGACGAGGGCAAGGUGGGCAAGGACGCAGGGAGCAGAGGGGAGGACUCACCAGGGGAGAUCAGAGCCGCGGGCGACUUGGGGGCAAGGGCGUGGUGGGCGACGCAGCCCUGGCCCUGGCCCUCCGCCUCCUCCCGCGAGCCCUCCGCGUCACCCUCCUGUGCCUCCACGUUGCCCGCAUUCGCGUCGCCCAUAUCUGUGUUGCCCGCGUCCGCGUCGCCCUCAGCCGCCCCAUUGCAGUGCUCCGUCUCGCCCGCCCGUGUCACCAGUGACCUCAACCGCGUCCACGUUGCCCGCCGUGUCCGUCUGCGUCGCCCACAUCUCGCCGCGUCGCCCACAUCACCCCGCUUAGUCCCCGUCUCAACGUCCUUGUCGCCCGCGUCGCCACUUCGCCCGCGUCUCCAGUUCGCCCGCAUCGCGUGA